AUGGAAUGCUUGCGAGACGAGUUUACCGGCGGCGUCGUCCUGGGUGGACGAUAUGAAACCAUCUCACCCCUCAACCAUGGAUCAUUCGGCAUGGUCUUCAAGGCCAGAGACCUCGUCACUGGGGACGUUGUGGCUAUCAAGUGCUUGACGAAGAAGGCGGCUGCCGACGAUGCCGGCCUGGAGUUCGCUAUCGACGACAAGUCGGAGGAACUCACACUUCACCAACACCUCGGUAGCCACCCCAACAUUGUCAACUUGGUCCACUCCUUCGAGACUGAUGCCCACAUGUAUCUGGUCCUCGAGUUCUGUCAACAAGGUGAUCUUUAUGAGGCUAUCCGCGUUGACCAAGGACCACUGGAGACGGAGCAUGUGCGGCGAUUCAUGUUGGAGCUUGUCGACGCCGUUGCCUACAUCCACUCGAAGGGUGUCUACCACCGAGACAUCAAGCCAGAGAACAUCUUCCUCGCCAAGGAUGGAUCUAUGAAGCUUGGUGACUUCGGCCUGGCCACCACCGAGAAGUGGACAUACGAGACAGGCGUUGGCAGCGAUCGGUACAUGUCACCGGAGCAGUAUGACUCCGCCGGUGCCGGGUACGCUCCUGCCCAAGCUGACAUCUGGGCCAUCGGUGUCUGCCUUCUCAACAUCCUCUUCUCGCGCAACCCCUUCACCACUCCGACUGAGUCCGACCCGCUGUUCUUGGACUUCUCCCGUGACAAGCAGUCCCUUUUCGACGUUUUCCCUUCGAUGUCCCAGGACACCUACGAAGUCAUCGUCGAGUGCAUGAACAUGGACCCGAGCAAGAGGUCUCUUAUUGGGGCUCGCCGUGCGCUGAACCGCGUCGUGAGCUUCACCACCCUCGAAGAAAUCGACGACGAGUUCUGCUCGUCGCGGGCCAACAUCGCCUCGGCCAACCGGGAGCCGCUGCGCACACCGUCGAUCCAGAGUCCUAUGGCGGAUACUGGUGCAUUCCCUUGGGCCAAGGCCCUACACACCACAAGUGCUUUGCUGCCCAUCCGGCAGCUGAGCGCCAUCCCGGACGACGAGAGCUACUCCGAAGACUUGUUCUCCAAGUCUGCUGCGACGACCGAUUGGUUCUCCACCCAGACCCCGUCCAUUUCCUCCAUCAUGGACUCCAGCUUCCCCACCUCCAUGCAGUCUCUCAACAUCAACAGACAGAUGCUGAAGCCAGCUGCAAAGGUGUCGCCGAUGGCUGGGUCCCUCCCAAUCACCAUGUCCAAGCCACGCAACGUGCCUGCCAUGUCCAUGGUUUUCGGUGACAAGGGGGCCGUUUCCAAGAGCUGGAGCGACCUCUGGGAGGAGGAAGAGGAGGAGCACCAAGAGGAGGAGCGGGCCCGCCAGCUCCGAGCCCUCAAGAGGAUGAACUCCCGGACUUGGAGCGAAGACAGCAAGGACGAUGACGACACGCCCCGACAGGGCUUGUCGCCCAACGUCAAGUCUUCCGUCAUCAACGCUAAGCCCCGAGUUUCGUCUAUCGAGGACGCCAUCGACAUGGAUGGAGACCUGCCAGACAGCUUCUUGUUCCAAGAUGUCAGCCCGGUCAAGUCUCAUGACCUCCAUCGCCAAUCGCCUCCUCACAAGCAAGGGUCUAUGGACAAGUGGGCCAAGCUUGGGGAGAAACGUCGUGCGUACACGGGCACUCGAGAGUCCAUGCCCAAGCCGGACUUUACCUUGAAGGCGGGUCACCAGGGCGGGGGCUUCCUCGGCCAAGGCCUCUUCGGCAUUGAUGGUUCGUCACAUCACAACAAUUUCACGCUCGCCAACCAUCACAACCAUGCGAUGAACAACAAACAUCAAACCCGGGAACGGGUCAAGGAAUGUCCUUGGAGCAAGAACAAAGGGCGAGAUUUCAAUUGGAACUGGCGCUCUGAGAAGCGCCUAGAGUGGGUUGGUGCUAGCCCGGCGUAG